AUGUUCACCUUUUGUCCGCUCCAGGGCGCCUUGUCGGAUUCGUCCGCUUCGCAAUCCCUUCUCGAGCUCGAUGGGGGUGUCAAGGUGUUGGUUGAUCUGGGAUGGGACGAGUCUUUUGAUGUAGAAAAGCUCAAAGAAAUUGAGAAACAAGUCACGACUCUAUCUCUCAUCCUCGUUACUCAUGCGACAGCUUCGCAUCUUGCUGCUUACGCCCAUUGCUGCAAGAACAUUCCUCAGUUCACGCGCAUCCCCGUGUAUGCGACACGGCCUGUCAUUGACCUCGGCCGCACCCUUAUCCAAGACCUUUAUACCUCGAGUCCCGCCGCUGCGACAACAAUUCCCCAGAGUUCACUCACCGAGAGUGCCUAUUCGCUUACUCAAACUGCUACAACCGCACAAAACCUCCUCCUCCAGUCGCCGAACAGCGAAGAAAUCGCCCGAUACUUUUCUCUCAUCCAACCCCUCAAAUACUCGCAACCUCAUCAACCUCUACCGUCACCUUUCUCGCCACCUCUCAACGGCCUAACAAUUACCGCCUAUAAUUCGGGACACACCCUCGGUGGCACAAUAUGGCAUAUCCAACAUGGCCUCGAAUCGAUCGUGUAUGCGGUGGACUGGAACCAAGCACGUGAGAACGUUUUUGCUGGUGCAGCCUGGCUGGGAGGAGCUGGAGGCGGUGGCGCUGAAGUUAUUGAGCAGCUGCGGAAACCAACUGCUCUGAUUUGCAGCAGUCGUGGUGCUGACCGAACUGCUCAGCCCGGAGGUCGCACAAAGCGAGACGAGCAGCUUAUCGACACUAUCAAGGCGUGUGUCACCCGAGGAGGAACGGUGCUGAUUCCCGUGGACUCAAGCGCUAGAGUUUUGGAGCUGUCAUACCUCUUGGAGCAUGCUUGGAGAACUGAUGCUGCUUCCGAGGGAGGCGUGCUCAAGUCAGCUAAGCUGUAUCUAGCUGGUCGAAAUAUGUCGAGCACUAUGCGAUACGCUAGAAGUAUGCUUGAAUGGAUGGACGAUAGUAUCGUGCAGGAAUUCGAAGCUUUUGCUGAAGACCAACGAAGGGUCAAUGGCGCAAACAACAAGAAGGAAGGUGGACCAUUCGACUUCAAAUAUUUGCGACUGCUCGAAAGAAAGGCACAAAUCGCACGAUUGCUCAGUCAAAACGUGGAGAACGCUGGGACAGAAGGCCGCGUGAUUCUGGCGAGCGAUAGCAGUAUAGAAUGGGGUUUCUCCAAGGAUUUGAUCAAGGGACUGGCGCAAGAUUCAAGGAACUUGGUCAUCCUGACAGAUAAGCCGGGUCUGUCAAAGAAUGACAACCCUUCUAUUGCAAGAACACUAUGGGAUUGGUGGAAGGAGCGCAAAGACGGUGUGUCGGUGGAGCAAAACUGUAACGGAGAGAACAUUGAGCUCGUUUACGCCGGUGGACGAGAGCUGGAGAUCCGCGAGCCCCAGCGUCAUGCUCUGGAAGGAGAUGAAUUGGCUCUCUACCAGCAGUGGCUCGCCACCCAAAGACAGCUUCAAGCAACACAACAAAGUGGAGGCGCGGCAGGACUCGAGGCAGCAGCAGAUGCUGUGGAUGAUGCCUCGUCCGAAUCAUCGUCCGACUCGGAAGAUGAGGAUGGAGAACAACAGGGCAAAGCGCUUAAUGUGUCGACAGCUAUUGCCCAGGCCGGCCGCAAGAAUGUCGUACUCAAGGACGAAGACCUCGGCAUUAAUGUGCUUAUCAAGAAGAAGGGUGUAUACGACUUUGAUUCUCGAGGGAAGAAGGGCCGAGAGCGCACAUUCCCUCUCACCAUCCGAAGAAAGCGCCAAGACGACUUCGGAGAGCUUAUUCGCCCUGAAGACUAUCUCCGUGCUGAGGAGAAAGAGGAAGAUGGUCAAGAUAGCGCCAACGUCGAGGCUACUGAUGACAAACUCGGCAAGAAGCGUCGAUGGGAUGAUGUUGUGAAAAGUGGCACUGGUGCCAACAAACGACCGCAAGCCAUGCGGGCUGGUUCUCACGAUGGUGAAGAGGCUGGAGCAGGUGACGGCUUUGUUCCUGAUGAACUUGACACUGUCGAGGAUGUUGAGACUGAAGAGCCUGUAGGACCAUGCAAGUUGUCAUAUCAGACAGAGACUGUCCAGGCCAACUUGCGCAUCGCAUAUGUUGACUUCAGCGGUCUGCACGACAAGCGAAGUCUUAACAUGCUGAUCCCCCUUAUCCAACCCCGAAAGCUCAUUCUUGUCGGUGGUGAACGUGACGAGACACUUUCUCUUGCUGAAGAUUGCCGCCGGGCAUUGGGAGUUGACAAGAGCAAUCCGGACAACACUGGCAGCGAACGUUCCGUUGACGUAUACACACCCGAGGUUGGCGUUGUCGUAGACGCCAGUGUUGACACCAACGCCUGGGUCGUUAAGCUGGCCGAUCCUCUGGUCAGAAAGAUCAAGUGGCAGAACGUUCGUGGUCUGGGCAUCGUCACUAUCACAGGGCAGCUUCUUGCAACACAUCUCAAUGAAGCUGCGGCAGCGGAUGAGGACGUUGCCAACAAGCGCCAAAAGACCGAGGAGCCUCCCUCAUCAACUACCCUGACCAACACGGCGGCAGCUAUCCCCUCGGCCACGCCUGUUCUCGAUGUUCUUCCCGCAAACCUUAUUUCUGCUGUGCGGUCAGCAGCUCAACCACUGCAUGUUGGUGACCUUCGUCUUGCCGACUUGCGCCGCGCCAUGCAGUCCGCCGGUCACACAGCGGAGUUUCGUGGUGAAGGUACACUGGUCGUUGACGGCACUGUCGCCGUCCGCAAGACAUCCGCAGGACGCGUCGAAGUCGAGAGUGUGGGCAUGCCGACCGCUCGGCGAAGCACCUUCUACGAGGUGCGCAAGAUGAUAUACGAUAAUUUGGCAGUUGUCGCCGGCGCGUAG